AUGGGUCGCGCUACUCCAUCAACCAGUCAAACUAAUACUGAGUGUCCAGUGGCUGUGGAUACCAGUGAUGUCUUCGAAAUGAUUAUGAGACCCAGGCACCUGACAAGCUGGGACCAAGUUAGAGAAGCUAUCGAUCUGUUGCAAAAGAUGACUUGGACUCAUUAUGUUGUACGUGAAAGCAGGCUGAACAAAGAAAAGCCGGAAAUUCGCUACGAGUAUGUAGUGUAUGUAUGUUCAUUUGGCCAUAAAAAGAAGCCGAAGGGCCAUGGUGAGAGAGUAAAAGG